UUCAGUUGUUGAUGCCUGGUUGACCUUGAAGGAGUGCAUGUAACAGCCUGCACAUACUUGUGGCCUACUGAGACUGGUGUCAGACCACGCAAGACACCAUGUCUCGACACCGCAAUGUGCGUGGAAUGAACUACGACGAUGAAUACGACGGCUACUAUGACGUGUACGGCCACAGCGUGGACGACGAGUACACCAUGUCGCCGUCGUCCGUAGAGCGCGAGUUCACGUUCGACCGCAGCCGACAGCACAACAUGGACGCUUUCCUGCUGCACGACACCACCAUCGCCGAGGAAGGCGAGGAGAGCGCCGGCCACCCGGCGGCCGGCCGCCAAGACUCGACCGGCCCCCUGAUCCCCGAGCAGUUGGGGGACGAGCAGCGCGCGCGCCUCCUCUCCUGUCUGGACGCCGUGCGGGACGUGGUGGGCGAGACGGUCUCGGAUCACACCAUCGUGCGGGCCGUGCUGCAGCACGACUACAGCUGCGCCCGCGCGCUGGACGCCAUCCUGGCCGGCGCCGUAGCCGGCAUGCCCGGAUCAGGCUCGUCCCGGCUCUCCAGGCGCGAUUCUCUGGAAAGUCCGCCGACGGCUCGUGCCGUGGCCGAGGCCCGGCCAAGCUGCACCGAGCCGAGCCCAGACACCGCCGCCACCGCAUCAGCGAUGUUCCGGCCAGUGAAGGCAGCUGAGGUCAACUGUCGGCCCGCCCCCGCCGCCCGUGUCAUCAUUGGCUUCCAGGAGCAGCCGGCUGGGUCAGAGAAGGAGACGCCGCCAGCCGCCGCGUCGGCGCCGGCGCUCCCGGCGGAAGUGCGUGAGCUGCGCGGCGCCGCCAGCCGCUCCGGCUCCAGCUCGCCUCUCUCGUCCCGCCGCCAGUCGCCCGCGCAGUCGGCCGGCGCCGAUACCGCCUCGCCGCGCACCCCCGCCUCGACUCGGGACGCCCAGGCCGAGUACGACAAGGAGCGGGCGGGCGGCAAACAGCUGAUCAACAUGGUGGUCAUCGGUCACGUGGACGCCGGCAAAUCUACUUUGAUGGGCCAUCUGCUCUGUCAACUGGGCUGUGUUAAUAAGAAGGCCAUGCAUAAAUAUGAAACCGAGAGCAAGAAGAUGGGCAAGCAGUCUUUCAAGUUCGCCUGGGUGCUAGACGAAACUGGCGAAGAGAGAGCACGCGGCAUCACCAUGGAUGUGGCCCACUUCAAGUUCGAGACGCCGCAGAAGACGGUGACGCUGCUGGACGCGCCCGGCCACAAGGACUUUAUUCCGAACAUGAUCACAGGGGCCGCCGCCGCCGACGUAGCCGUGCUGGUGGUGAACGCCACCAACGGCGAGUUUGAGACGGGCUUCGAAUCGGGCGGCCAGACCCGCGAGCACGCCAUCCUGGUCCGCUCGCUGGGGGUCAGUCAGCUGGCGAUCGCCGUCAACAAGCUGGACACGGUCGACUGGUCUCAGGCGCGCUUUGACGACAUUCGGACGCGGCUGGGCGCCUUUUUGCGCUCGGUCGGCUUCCGCGAGUCCGAGCUGCGCUACGUGCCCUGCUCCGGCCUGACCGGCGAGAACCUGACGCAGCCGGCGCAGGAGCCGCAGCUGCAGGCCUGGUACAGCGGCCCCACCCUGCUGCAGGUGAUAGACGGCUUCCCAGCGCCGAAGCGGGCCGUCUCCAUGCCGCUGCGCCUGUUCGUCUCGGACGUGUUCAAGGGCCAGCAGCAGUCGGGCCUGAGCAUGGCUGGCCGCAUCGACUCCGGCAUGAUGCAGCUGGGGGACCGCGUGCUGGUCAUGCCGCACGGCGACACGGCCACUGUCAAGGGGCUGGCAAUCGACGAGAUGCCUGUGCAGUCGGCGUUCGCCGGCGACCACGUGACUGUGACGCUGUCCAGCGUCGACGCCCAAAGCCAAACAGUGGGCGUGGUGCUCUGUGACCCGGCCCGGCCGGUGCGCGUGGCCACCAGCGUGCAGGCACGCAUCGUCAUCUUCAGUAUCGAUCUGCCAAUCACCAAGGGCUACCAGGUGGUGGUACACUACCAGUCGCUGAGCGAGCCGGCUACCGUGUCCCGGCUACUCUGUCAGCUGCACCGCUCCACCGGGGAGGUGCUGAAGCGGCGGCCGCGCUGCCUGCCGGGUAACACCAGCGCCGACGUCGUCAUCACCUUCCAGCGGCCCGUCUGUGUAGAGCUCUACAAGGAUUUCCGGGAGUAUGGCCGACUCAUGCUGCGGGUGGCCGGGCACACGGUGGCAGCUGGACUCGUCACCGAGGUUAAGUGACAAACGCCUCUAGUACGAGCCGCCAGCGCGGCGGAAUGGGAGCGGCGGCCUAUUUAUAUUAUUUGCGGUCAGCGUGCCUGAGGUGAUCCUGGUGUCGUCUGUUUUGCAAUGGACUUGGGUGGGGCCUGGCCUCGUUAGCUAAAUAUUGUCUUACAAUAUACACCUCAAAGCUUUUA